GAAAUCUGACACUUUGCUCAACGCGAAGGACGCUAGACGAUGGACUGAGGCAAGGAUAUAUUUGCUCUGUACCCAGAACACAGAGAAGAGAAUACGCGGCUCGGAUCUAAUGUCCGCAGAGCGCGGCGAUCAAAGCCCAAGACGAAGUCGAGUCCCGGAACUCCGCGCUGCUCUCCUCCUCUGAGCAUCAGCCCGAGAGAGAACCUGCGGCUCUCAUCCCGCUGGACCCCGGUCGUUUUGCCAGUGGGUUGUGAAUGGAGAACAAGGCAAUGUAUCUGACCACCACCAAUGAAGACAGGGAUAACAGCUCAUUCUAUGAGGAGGACUAUGAUGGGAUGAAUCUCUCGAAACUCAACCUGUGUGAAGAAGGUUCAGCGAAGGGCAGGAGAAAGGCUAAUAAUUGCUGUGGUCAGUUGGAUUCCUUCACUGCAAUCAAGUAUGCCAUUGUGUCCCUUUAUAUCCUGGUGCUGCUCAUCAUAUUUGGCCUCUGCGUGGCAGUAUCAAAAUCCCAUGCAUCCUCAAAAAGGGAGGAAGCGCUGCUGGAGAAUGUGACUCGUCUGGGAGAGCACUCUGAGAGCUUGCAGAGAUCUCUUAGCCAACUGCCCUCCCAAAGCGACCUUCUGGAGAACAUCUGGAAGCUUGAGAGCCUCUUCCAUAAUCAUAGCGAACAGCUGCAGCUGUUAGGGCGACUGGCACAGGGCUUGGAGAGGGACAUUAAAGAUCUGCAGGCCUUCUCCGAACACACCACGGACUCUGUGGCUCAGCUCUGGGAGCAUCUGGCCAUGAUCAGCCACUCCAGCCAGAGGAACAGCAGCAGUCUGGGAGAAGAGCUAGCCUUCGCGGCUGGUUCCAUCCGAACCCAGGACGCCGUUUUAAAGACAAUGGUGGUGAACGUAGAGACGCUGCAGGAGCGUCUGGAUGAGGUGGGAUGGACAGUACAGACAUUAAACCAUUCACUGAGCGGAGACGUGAGUCUGCAUCAGGUGAAAAUCUAUGAGCUGCAGGGGAAGAUUGGAAAUGUGUCCCACGACGCCACAAGCAUGAGGAACACACAGAUACACCUGGAGGAGCAGCUCAGGAAUGAGAUCGAAGUGCUAAACGUCAUCACUGCCGAUCUGAGGCUAAAGGAAUGGGAGCACUCCAUGGCCCUCAAAAACCUCACUGUAUUACAAGGACCACCAGGACCAAAGGGUGAGAAAGGUGACGUGGGGCCCCUGGGGCCCUCUGGACUCCCUGGCCUGACAGGAAUAAGAGGUUUACCAGGAGAAAAAGGCAUACAGGGUUCUCGUGGACUGGCAGGGAGAAGCGGUCAGGAUGGACACAAUGGAGGCAAAGGAGAUAUUGGGCCUGAGGACCCAAAGGGUGUGAAAGGAGAAAGAGGACCGAAAGGAGAGAAAGGACAGUGUGGAGACAAGGCAGGGAAAACAGUGGACGAUGCUGUGGUGAGGCUGGUGAACGGCUCCGGGCCUCACGAGGGUCGGGUGGAGGUGCUCCAUGAGCUUCGAUGGGGGACAGUGUGUGAUGACGUUUGGGACAUUAAAGAUGGAGACGUUGUGUGCAGGAUGCUGGGAUACCGGGGUGCUAAAGAAAUACACAAGACAGGCCGGUUUGGACAAGGCACUGGGUUAAUCUGGAUGGAUGAUGUUGCUUGUGUCGGUACUGAAGACUCUAUUCAUCAGUGUCAGUUCUCAGGAUGGGGAAAAACCAACUGCGGUCAUGUAGAAGACGCAGGGGUGACCUGUGACAUAUAGUCUUCAACCUCCUGAAGCAGUCUCUGACCCUGGAGAUCAGUACUACCCAGAUACUUCAGCCAUAUCCAAUGUGUGUGUGUGUGUGUGUGUGUGUGUGUGUGUGUGUGUGUUCUGUGCUGCUGCUUUUUUCUCUUUAAACAAAAACCCAGUUGCAGUUUUCCUUGUGUAUAGAUAGAUGCAUUUAACUUUCCAAAGAGAUUUAUGGACACGCACUAGUAUAUUUUUAUAACUCUGAACUACUUUGAAAUAGGAAUUUUAAAUGGUUAUGGAUUACUCUUUAUUUUGAGUCCACUUUAGACAUUCUACUAGUUAUAAGUAACUCCAAUCUGCACUAACUCUCAGUGUAGACUAGUUAGGGUAGGUUUAGUAAAAUACAUUUCUCAUAGUCAGUAUGUAGUGUGUAGUGGACACAUCAAAAUAAGCAGACGGUCUACUAAUACUCUAAUGACUGCUAGUUAACGUGUAGUUACUGUUAGUUAGUAGAGUGUCUGAAGUUUAUCAGAAUAAAGUGUUACCUGAUCAUGUCGUUGCAAAUGUGCCUAAAACAUUGACCAUAACAGACAUGACAUGGUCAGCAAUCAUAUACCUCAGUUAACGGUGAGUACCAAUUACAGUCAGUAUUAAUUGUUCAGUAGCUUCAUUAUAAAACAAAAAUAUCAGUAUUGGUUCAUCUUUAACCAAUAAAUUAUUGUUUACUUCAUUUAGUGUCAAAUAGCUUUAUCCAAUGUGAAUAAUGCAAAUAAUACAAUAAAAUAUAUAUAUUCUAAAUAUCAGAUAUCAAAGAGUGAUGAAUUGCAGCAUCUAAUAUACAAUAAGGCCUUUGAAUGUUUAACAAAAUAAUUGUAAAUAUAUUACUUUAAACGAAUAGAUGACUGUGGGCUUGAUUUUGUUCUUUGGUUUUCUAGUGAAUCUACAUUUUCUCAAAACUUUUUCAACUUUUUAUUUUUGUUAAAAGUGCUGUAAGCUGUUUCAGAUGUUGGGCACGUAUGCUUUCUUCAAUAUGCCCUCCAAAAAUACAGUAUGUCUGCCUACCUGAUGUCAAAAAUCUGAAAUAUGUAAUAAAAUCACAGGACAAAUGGCAUGUUUCCUGACUAGAGCUGGCCACGCUCGCUGUGAUUUUGCCAAGUAAGCUAUGAUCCCGGUUCAACAUAUCCCAUGUCCCAAAAUAUAGACUUAUCCCAAUCCCUAAACCUCAACCUAAACCUAAACCUAAACCAGAGCGAUGUCAUGUAACGACACACAAGGGUCACAUAAAGUCAGAAGUGGUGAGAUAUUAACUAACAACUGCAAGAAAAAAGUGAUGGAAAAAGGCUUCCAUAGUUUUAGCUGUGGCAUACAUGAAGUUAACUCAUAGCAACCUUAUUUCUAGAAAAAUAUACAGUAAACAUUUUAAUAGUAAAUGCAAAUCAUGGUUUGAAAAGAGUUAGCAUGACACCCUAGCUGCUUCAUUUCUAACGUAAUCUAAUCAUGAUUUUCUGCAUUAGAGACAGACAGCAAAUAUAUUUGUUUAGCAACAUUUUAAAGAUGGAAAAGUAUAUAGUCUAUAACAUAGUGAGUUCAUUUAAGUCCUGAAAUACUGUAGAAGAUGACUUUCUAGUGUCUGUUAAUGGACAGAUUACACCGUUAUCUUCAGUUCAGAGGUUUUGGUACAAUAACCAAUAUCUCUGUUUUGCCAGAACUUUUGAAGUUAAUUACUAGCCAUCCAGUCUCUAAACUCCUGAACACUUCGGGCUAAACCGAGAGCUUUGGGAGGAAAAUACAGCUACAGCACACACCUGACAUUGUUUCUGAGAAAAGAUAAUGGGACCUAAUACAGAGCCCUGUGGGGUGUCUGUGUGUGUGUGUGUGUGUGUGUGUGUCUGUCUGUGU